AUGAAUGUUACUUUAAACCGUUUGGAUGUUAUCAAGAAAGAGCAUUGGUUUGACGAUCUUUCAUUCAAGCUGUGGAAAGUUGAUAUUCCUUUCAACAGAAUGAAUAUAAAGUUAGCCAAACUCGUUACUGACAAAAUUAAUAAUAUCAAGGAAGAUGUUGAAGGCUUAGAAAUGAAAGUUGCUAAUGAUAUUGAUGUCUUUGAUCUCUUUCUCAAUAAUGACGAAAAAAGUAUUCAUCUUAUCAUCGAACCACACAUCAGCUUCAAAGUUUGCACUGAAAAAAUGGAACUUGUACAAGAUGAUAUUAUCUGUAAUAAUUCUUCAGAGGGUGUAUUAAAUUUAUGCCUUAAAAUUUUCUAUAAUGAAGAAUAUUUGAGCUCAUUUAAAGAAUCAUCAGCUGAAAAUCAUGAAAAGCCCUCUAAGGAAAAUUUAAUGGUAUGUGAAGAUUUAGAUAUUUGA